ACUACAAACAUAAACAAAAACAUUCUCAUUCACCUUUCCUCUACAAAAAACAUCUUCAAAUUACUUAAACAUCAUGUCUGGAGUUUGGGUAUUCAAGAAUGGUGUUGUCCGUCUAGUGGAGAACUCCGAUUGCCACGGGGCGAACGGACUCCGAAAAGUUCUUGUACAUCUUCCUAGUGAUGAAGUGAUCACAUCAUAUGCAGUACUUGAAAGGAAAUUGUACUCUCUUGGAUGGGAGAGGUAUUAUGAUGAACCUGAACUUCUUCAAUACCACAAAAGAUCAACUGUUCAUCUUAUUUCUCUACCAAAAGAUUUCAACAGGUUCAAAUCCAUGCACAUGUUUGAUAUCGUCGUCAAGAAUCGCAAUGAAUUCGAGGUUAGAGAUAUGUAAGGAAAAAAAUGGAAGGAGUUGAUCAUUUGAAUGUGUGUUUUGGUCCAGUGUGUUGUAAUUAAGUUUUUAUCUUUAAUUUGUGAUUUGUUUCAAAAUGUUGUAAUUUGGAAAGUUGUAAGGGAAAAUGUUGUAUAUUAAAUGUUGAAUUGAAGUCAUAACUUUUUCGUUAAAA